UUUUCUUGUCGACCCACUUCCGGGUACGUCAGCUACCCUUACAGAAAAACCAGCUAACGGGAACAAACUUGUGACAAUGACAGCGCUGGUAUAGUUUACAGAGCUGCCUAAAGAUGAGGUGCUUAAUAUUAGUUAUCUUUACGGCUCCUUAUUUAGUAAACGGUGCAGUCAAGCCAAGAGUUACAUCGGGGGAUAAUCAGGAAGAAAACCCUGAGCUCGGUAAGAAACAUUUAGCUAACCUCAGCUAUCGUUAGCUUAAUGUGUUUGUGUUUGCUGCCUGAAAAACGACUUCAAGAGUGAUAACAGAGACAUGAUACCAUUUACAUUAUUCUCUAUGAUUGUAAAUAUAUGAAUGCCAUCAUUAGUUGUCUCUAUCCAAGUGCGUUUAGGUGUUUAGUUAUAGUUAGCUGCUAAGAAACCAACAUCUGAAGGACUGGGAAGCGGAUUGGAUUCUCCAUGUUGUAGUUUUGAGUGUUUUCUUUUGUUGCUACAUUUAAAAACGCAUUUUAUCCCUAAAAGCAUGUGUUAGUAUUACCUCUUUAUGCCUUUUAGAUGGUCUGAACUCCAUCCUGUCAGACUAUGAGGUGCUGCCAUAUUCAGGCCUCCAGUUGCACUCUGUGAGGAAGAGGGACGUCCACGCCCAGUCUCACCUGGAGCGGCUGGUGAGCUUCAGAGCCCUGCACAGGUAGAGCACAGCCUUCAUUUAUAUAGAUACAGGAUACGGUAUACAGGAUACAGGAUAAUAUACAUUUUACUUAUAAGAAGUUGUCUGGUUUUUGUUGACUUGAUCAAAGAGGUGAUGAUUAUUGUAUUUGGUAUUUUUAUUAUUGAAAAUUCAUCGGUUAGGAGUGGUGUACCGGACUAGGGGAGAGUGGGGUAAGAUGAUCCAUUUUUCACAUUUUGGAUCACUACAUCAAGGCAAUCAUAGUUUUGUCUCUAACUAGUGUAUCUGCAUAUAUUUCAAGAUGCUGUGCAUCCCUGCAAACUAACAGGAUGAGAGUAAAUAUAACUGUCUUAAUAAUGUAGUCAAUGCCAAAAAAGUGUUCUCCUAUGGUCAACUUACCCCGUGUAUGGGGCAAGAUGACCAUGGGAGCGGGGUAAGUUGAGCCGUAUCCCUACUACCCCCUCACUCUCCACCCCAGCCCUCCCUCACCUUCUCUCUCCCUAUAUAACAGUCACUUCUUCACAUUCAUGUGUAUUUUUAUCUAUUAUACGCUAUUCAACUGGUACAAUAAUUCUUUUUAUUAUUAUUGCAUAUAACUGCUAAAGAGCUGAUUUGUAGAAAGCCAUUUUAACAUGAGAAUGUCUUAAAGUGAUUCAGAACAUUCCCAGCUGUAUUUUUAAAAAGAAGAAGUAACACAUUUCAACAAUCUGAACUGAAACUCUGAUCCUUUCAUCAAACUCCUUUACUUUCUCAGGCUCAACUUACCCUAGAACUUCUAUAAUGACUUCAAUAGUCCUCUAAGCUAAACUGGUGGACUUUUAUGCUAAGUUUUUGACCUCAUGUUGUAGCUCAUAGAUACCACAAUUGAUGUUUAAAACAACUUUCAAGUGACUUUUUUUAAUCUGAACACAAUUCUCAUGAAAAUGACAGACUAAAUUCAUUCUCAAGAGUGAAAAAUGUUUUUUUGGAAAUAAAUGUCUAACCCCUUCACCCAUGUCUUCUAACCUUCACAGGCUCCACAAAUUGAUGCCCAUCUCCUAAAUAUUUGGUCACAUGAUCAAUUUCUUUUACCAUUUCCAAGUAACAGAGGGUGGCUCAGCUUACUCUUUGGCUCAACUUACCCCACUCUCCCCUAUUUUACAAUGAGGGGCUUUUCUUAUAUUUUAUUAACUUAAGUAACAAAUAAAGUGUAAUGUAGUUAUCAGACCUAAACAUCCAAUUUUAAGAUGAGUUCUCCCUGUAGUUGUUGCUCUUUAUAAACCAUCAUAAACAAAACACAACUCCUUAUUGCUUUGAAAUCAUCAGUUGUAAUUUUCUCUUUUUUUUUUCUUGCCUUCAGAAAUUUUAAGCUCUACCUGACCACCAACACAAACCUUUUCACCGAUAAUUUCAAAGCUGUGUUUGUUGAUAAAAAUGGAGAGGAGGAGAACUACGAUGUUCAACUACAAAACUAUUUCACAGGACAUGUUGUUGGUGAGUGUUUUGCUUUCAAUAUAAUUUGUAAAUGCAGUAUUUUUCCUUAUCCUGUCCAUUGUAAGAGUUUUAGUUUGAAUGGGCAAAACUUAGACUUUCUUUAUUUGUCAUUGCAUAGAAUAAAACACAGCAGUGAUUCCUCUCUGCAAAGGAAUGCCGUUGCUUGGCUUCCAUAUCACGGCAUGAUGGUGUUUAAUUUUAUAUACAGAAAAAAUAACAAUAAAAACUAAGGGUAAAAUAGCUGCAUGGUGAGUAAUAUUGCACUUUCUGGAGGUAGGGUGAUAGUGGAAUAAAAAACAAAUAAAGCGUGAAAUUCAACAUUUUUUUAAAUUUCCAUUUUCAGAAAAAAAAUACUGCUUGAUUCUUCAGAUACUGGAUUCAAUCUGCACAUGUCAAUCUUUAUUUUGUGGUUGCAGGAGAGGAGAACUCACGUGUUCAAGCACACAUAGAAGGGGAUGAGUUUUCUGCUCAUAUUCUUACUGAUGAAGCAGAGUACAACAUAGAGGUAAGGAGAAUUUAGGAGAACCCACUGAAAGAGGGCAGUAAUUCUUCUCUGUGUAAUCUUCGCUCAGUCAGUGUGCUAAAGGCAUUUAUCUUGGGUUUAAUGUGUCGACGCUGAGGAGGGUGUCACUUCUCUUUGAUAAAAACAGGAUUCCAGCUUUUCUAAAGUCACAAGGAAAACCAAGAAAAUUGGAUAUAUUUCUUAGAUUUGUAUUUUUAGUGUGGGAAGCCUUUUAGUAUGUGGGCAUCGCUUUCUUUGUAUUUGUAAAAGCAAAGCUUGGGAUGAAAAGUAUUUAUAAUGAAACCGGCCCAUACAGUGUGGGUUUAUCUAAUGUGGAUUUAAAGACCCUAGAGGUUCUCAACUAGAUGAAGGCAUAAUUGUAGAUGCUGUUUCAAUUUAAAAUACUAUCAUAUUGUAAGGCAAAGCAAAGAUUAUUUCCUUCAAAUGCUUUAUGAUGAUAUCGUAUACAAAUAUCAAGCUAAUUUUUUUGCUGCCUCUCUUUCUGUGGCUCUCCAGCCUCUGUGGAGGUUCACAGAUUCCCCGACUGAUGGCAGGCUCCUGGUGUAUCGCUCUGAGGACAUCAAAAACCUGAGCCGCAUCGCCUCUCCAAAAGUGUGCGGUUACGUGCAUGCGGAGUCCAAAGACCUGCUGCCACAGACCGCCAGGGAUGAGAUGGAGAUGGUGGAUAAAGAAAACGGUAAGCCCUGCUGCCUGUUUCAAGUAAAUCUGUGCCUUUUAUAAUUGUGCCUGUCUAGCGGAAAUAUGUGGGAGUGCAAAGUAUAAAAGGAGUUUGAGACAACAAAUCAGGUGCUGCUGAGGCUCUGCGCUCUUGUCUGCAGAUGGUAAAGAGCAGAUAAAGAGUAGGAGGAUAACUGUUGAAGGUGGAGAGAAGGAAGGAGUAGGAUGUAGUAGUGAGACAAAAGAGGUGGGUGUUAGAUAGAACAGUCACUUUAAUAAAAGCCCUUUUAACUGUAAAACCUUGCCCAUGAUAUGCACAUACACACCACUGACAAGUGGGUAUUAUAUAACAACGGAAAGCCUUUUGAGUCUUUUGUGCUGCUGUGGAAAUGUAAAGCAUAUAGCGGAGAUGAUGUGCCAGAGGAGGUAUCUCCAACACCUCUCACUGGCUGCUGCUUGAAAGCACUCAUUUGGGAUAUGAGUCGAGGUGAAGGUUCUUAUGGAGGAGGUAUUAAAAUUCAUGGAGGCUCUGCCGCCCAAUGAGAUGAUGCUGAGUCGUCACUGGUCUCCCACUGCUCGUUGUGGAAGCCAGGGCAGCGCACACCCACACUUCAGAACAGCGCAUAGCUGAGUGCAUGAUGUAAUGCUCAUAUGGGAUGGUUUCCUGUUGUCCUUUUCUGUUGUAGCUCAACUUCUGACACCUAGAAGAGAUUUGGAUGCCUGAGGUUAUGGGGUAUCUUUCCAGAUUUCUGUGUGUUAUUUGUUUUUGGCAAUAAGCUAAAACGGGUUAACAAAUAUUACUUGGUGUGCACUACUAAGAAAUCAUUGUGGUAAGAGAUAUGAUUUGAAAAAAUGUUGGUGUUUCAUAUGAUAUUUCUCUGAAAUUCAGCUUUUGUAGUUUGUUGUACAGCUAGGGUUUUAAAGAUAUAGAUACACCUUCAGCGGGUUUUUUAUUUGGAUGUAAUAUCUGUGCUCUGAGUACGCACUGAUUUAGGUGCAUCUCAAUCAGUUAUUUUGUAGUUUAGUUCAAAAACAUACCGUUUUGUACACUGGCUUGCCAAGCUCGGAAAAGUCAUAGUCAGCAAACCGAUUGGUUGUAGUUUUGGCACUUUUAGCAUUUGCAGAGUCCUGCUAGAAAAUGAUUUCAGCAUCAUCAUAUAGCUCCCUCACAGAUGUAAGCAUGAAACACCGUAAAAUCUGGUGGAUGGCCUUGUUGACUUUGUACUGACAAAACACAGGGGACCAAUACUAGUAGAUGACCUCAAUUCACCUCUGACUGCGGAAACUUCAAAGUGGACUUCAAACACCUUGGGUACUGUCUGCGGCUCUCCACUUCCCCUCCAGACUUAAGGACCUUUGCCUUGAGAAUUUCCACAUGAAAUUCAAAUAUUACUUUCAUCUGCAAAGAGGACUUUGGACCACUGACAAAUAGACCAGUUCUUAUUUAUUUCCUAGCCUCAUAUCACCAUUGUGACAGUUGAAACCUUCCCUGUUGCUUGUGGACCUUUUCCUGGCACACUUUCUCCUUCCAGUCCAUUUUCCCUGAAUGCAUUUCCAUGCAGCGCUCUGUAAACAGAUGGCGUUUUUAGGCAAUGAACUUCUGUGGCUUCUCCUCCUUUGGGAGGGUGUCAGGGAUCAUCUUUCGGACAGCUUGUCAAGUCAGCAGUCUUCCACAUGAUUGUGGUUCCUGUUCUGAACUAGACUAAGAGACACUCAAUAUAUCUUCUGUUUGAAUAGUAAUUAAAAUUGAAAAGAAAUAUCCUGAUAAUUUGUGUAUUUUUAUCAUCGAAAAAUGAAACGGAAAAUGAUUUAAAAAAUAGUUAACAUGUAAUGGGUCUGAAGUAUAUUGAGAGUCUGUAUCUUAUCUUGCAUGUCUCCAGUUGAAUGUAUUUGGAACAGUCUCCCAAUGUGGAACCAGAUUCAGCUUAAGAGUUAAAGUGGGAUUACAACAACACUUUAAUUCCAAAAGCCUCUUUUAGUAGUGGACAUUUAAACCUGCCGUUCCUCUCUCGUGUGUGAAAUUGGCUUCAUUUGACUGUUGUUGCCUAUUUGAGUACGUUUUAGACCCUGUAGACCUCCUUAAGCACAUCAUUAUUGUUAUUUUGUCACUCUGCUGUGGAAGACAAAAUACUUUUUUAGAUUCUUACUUGAAGAUUAGAGGUAGAGCUAAAUCAGUCCAGAGGCAACCAAAAAGAGCACUGCUUAAUAUGAAAAUGAGGGCAAUUAACAGAGGGAGACUGGAGCACGGCCUCAUUUAAACCUCCUGGUGCCUCUGUGAGCUUGUGUUUGACUAUUCUGGUAUGUCAGCCCUUAAAAAUACACCGACUCUUGUUGAUGUUCUUCCUUGAUUUGUUUGUCAUGUCUCUCUCCUCUGUUUGUCUCACCCUUCCCUACCUAUAGGACACCACCACAGACAGAAGAGACAGGCUCAUGAUCACAAGAAGAACACCUGCCCCCUGCUGCUGGUUGCAGAUUACCGGUUCUUUAAACACAUGGGCCGCGAACAAGAGAGUGUUACUCUUAACUACCUGGUCUGUUUUUUCUUUACCAAAUCCUUGUUCUGUAUUACGGAAAAAAAUCACCAUAUCCAGAUUAAACACUCGUCCAGAUUAGAAUUAGGCCAUGCUAUUUUAAUGCUUGCGUGCUCACAAAGUUCUUCUUUUCUUCUGUAUGUAAUUUUUAAUUCUCGUCUACACUCUUCCCUUUUUCUUGUCUUAGAUUGAGCUCAUUGAUCGAGUUGAUGACAUUUACAGAAACACAACCUGGGACGAUGAAUUCAAAGGAUAUGGAGUCCAGAUCCAUCAGGUGUGUUGCGUGCAGCCGGCUGGGAUUACUUAGUAAAGUGGUUUAAAAUCUUACUUCUGAUACAAUUGUGCCAAUUAGAUCAAACCUCAAAGCUCUCAGCUGUGUGGUAGCUUUGUUUCGAGUCAGUUUGGUCCCGGAAGUGAAGCCGUGAACAACACUUUCCCUCAGCAAGUCUGAGAGCAUUUUUAGGAGGAACUGAAAGCUUUUGUGUCAGCCUCGUGGGUUAAUUUAAUUUGUUCCACAGGAUUUGAGAAUGAAUGCAGACUCUGUUCGACAUACUGUGAGUCCUGGGUUUUCUCACUGAGAAGAUAUGCAUUCAUUUAGCCACUCAGAGUUGUUUUCUUCAUCUUCCAUGUCAAGAAGACUUUCCCCCUCCAUGAUAUUUUUGUGAACACACCGGGGUCAGAAAUAGCCUUUUGAAUCAAAACUCAAGAAGUUAUGAUCCAUCCAAGCUCGCCCAUGCAUUAAAGCUCGAAGCGAAACAUUUUGACUGAAUGAAAGUGUUUGAACUGUCCUGUUUCUCAGAUCAUCAUCAACAAGGAGCCAACAAGGCCUCCUGCCGGCCAUGUCGGUUUCGGCUGGAGCCAUUAUAAUAUGGAGAACAGCCCUACAAAAGGAAGAGAGGUCUGGGAUGUGAAGAGACUUCUGGAGGUAAGAAGGAGAGACACAGACAGAAAAAGAUCUGUCGUCAGAGAUGAAUGUAAAAAAAGAAAACAGACAAACAGAAAGUGGACUUUUUGAGUCCAAAUCUACAACUCCAAAAUAGUACUUACAUCUCCUACCAGCAGAAUGUAGGAAGUUCUCACGAACCCAUAAAAUCGAUGUCUAAAUGAUAAGUAACAAGAAAUCCCUGAAGAACUGAUAUUAAACCGCCGGUUGAUAACAGUUGUGCGUAAUUCUUUCAGCAAUUCAGCUCAGACAUCGCUGAUAACGCCUCAGUCGUGUGUCUGGCCCACCUGUUCACCUACCAGGAUUUCGAUGAGGGUACCCUGGGGCUUGCCUACGUGGCCCCCUCCAAACCUCAGGCCUUGGGCGGUCUCUGCCCAAGACGUAAGUACAAAUCCUCAAGCAGUGAAAUGACUUUGUUUUGUUUACAGAGUGACCUAAAUAUGAAUGUAUGAGAAUCUACCCGUCAUUCUAAGUGAACAUAUGUGUGAGGCUUAGCUCAGACUAUAGGAGAAAACUUGUAGAUCCUCUAACUUCUCAGACAGACAAGAAUAAAUACUGAUUGGGAAAGUACCAAGAGUGACAUGGAAGAAGGAAAUAGCUUGUGCUUGUAGCUCUUGGUUGUCAUAAAGUGAAACAGACACUGAUAUCUUUCUAUGAUUGUGUCUUUUGGUAGCAUAUUACCCAUCUCAGUCUGCAAAGAAGCCGAGUUACCUCAACACGGGCCUGACCAGCACCAAGAACUACGGGAAAACCAUCCUCACUAAGGUCUGUUUCACUCUGUUUUCUUCACGUCGUCUCUGACAAAACUAAUCACCAGGUGCUCUCACUUUUCAUCAGGAUGUUACGAAACACUUCAUCUAGCCAAGUCUGAGCUCUGAGCAGGGCAGGCACCCCUUUUCGUGUGGGUGUUAUGAUGAGUAAUGACUUUGUAUUUUAACACCUCAUAUGUCAGUUUGUGGUUUGCUCCUCUGCAGUUUAAAGGAAAGUUACAAAAUAAGUGUGGAGCUGGAUGACAUAGAUGAAUGUAAUCAUUUGCUAUUAGCUUUAUAACAGGUACAGUUUAACUGUCGUCUUUGGUUGUUUCCAGAUACUUUUUUUGUGGUUUUAAACAGUCCAAGUUUGUUUUUACCCUGCAUGCACCAGUGGCACUCAGAGGUAGAGAGCUUAGACUUUUUGAGCUGUAGGUCAGAGGAGGUGCUGUCCCAGACAAAAGAAACCUUGAGUUCCUUAAAGUACAGAGAUCAAUCAAGGUGGACAUUAGCUGCUUACAGGAGUCAUUACAGUCUUACAGCAGUUUGUGGCGUUGUGAAGAUCGACCAAAACACUGGUUGGAUCGAUCAGAGUGGCACUCCUCUUUACUACCAUAUUGACAAACUUCAGCUUUAUUAUUUUAGCACAGAAUUAUUAUUAUUAUUAUUAUUAUUAUUAUUAUUAUUAGAUUUUAAAAAAAAAACCCUUGAACAAAUACCCAGAUAGCACUUCCUCGCAGUAGGGAAUCCCCAGAAAUAUUUGAAAAUGCCUCAGAAUGACUUUUAUUCUUGGGUCUGUGGAAUUUCACAUAUGACACAUUUUUAAACGACUCUUCAUUUCUGGUUUGUGUUAUUUGUUAUUACCUCCGCAAAGGAGGUUAUGUUUUCGGCAGCGUUGGUUUGUUUGUUUGUCUGUUAGCAACUUUACGGAGAAAGUAACAGACGGAUUGACCUGAAAUUUUCACCAGAGGUGUGUCUCAGCUCCAGGACGAUCCCAUUAAAUUUUAGUGGAUACUGUGAUCCAGAACACACAAAAAUAAGGGUGUCGUUGGAAUUUUCAAUGCUGAAAGAUAACCAAUGGGCGGCACAGUGGUGUAGUAGUUAGCACUGUCGCCUCACAGUCAGAAGGUCCUGUGUUUGAAUCCCGGUCAGGGCAUUUCUUGUUUUAGGAAUAUUAUGAACAGUGAACAUACCAGUUUAAACACAAAUAAACGUUAAUAAAAGACACGUAACAGUAAAAGUUUUGGUGUGAAUCACAAUAUAAGGGGGGACAUGAGCUGCUUGGCGGAGGUCUGCGCUCUCUGAGUGCUUUUCUAGUUUUACUAUAAUACAGUAGAGAAACAUAUUAUUGUUUCAAAUGAAUUCCAACAGGAGGCAGAUUUGGUGACUACUCAUGAGCUGGGCCACAACUUUGGUGCUGAGCAUGAUCCCGACAACAUCCCAUACUGCGCUCCCAGUGAUGACAAUGGAGGGAAGUUUGUCAUGUAUCCCAUCGCUGUGAGCGGAGACCACGUCAACAACAAGGUAAGAAGUGGAUAAGUAGUCUGUUUGAUUUAUGCUGAGACGCAGGAAGAGUGACUAUCUAGGGUUCGAUAGUUACAGAACAGGCACAGAGUUUAUGGUGUAAAGUGUGAGCUCUGUUUUUAAAUGACAUGUUUAAUCUACAGAGUGUUGAAUUAAUGUGAGUCACAGUUGUUCCCGUGAAAUGUGAUGACAGUCAGUAAAUGUACUGUACCUCCUCCGCAACUGGCUUUGUGUCACUGCUGCAGCAUUGAAAUGUUGAAAGUUCUCUUUUUCUAUCUGUAUGGACUCAUUCUGAACCUGAAAUGUGACACUUUGAUUCAUCAACUGCUUAUAUCUUAUUUAUACAACUGUUUGAAUACUUUAAAGUAUUUUAUUCCCUCGACCUAAUGUGAAACAUCUACUUCCAGCUAAUAUCCUUGUCUUCUUCUUCUUCUUCUUCUCUCAAUAAGCGUUUCUCCAACUGCAGCAAGAUCUCAGUCGGAAAGACGUUACGUUUUAAGGCUCCUGCUUGCUUCAAAGAGAGGAACAGUAAAGUCUGUGGAAACUCCAGAGUGGAGGAGGGGGAGGAGUGUGACCCUGGGCUACUUCACAUCAAUGAUGACCCCUGCUGCACUUUUGACUGUAAAUUCAAAUACGGUGUACAGUGCAGGUAUGAUUUAUGAAUCAUAUUUAUAUAUAUAUUCUGUACACAUGUAUAUAGUAAACAAGACUCGUGUACAUAUCCUUUAAUUUCUCUUUUUGUAUCUGUAUCUAUGCUGCUGUAAUUUGAAAUUUCUCCCUGUGGGACUAUUAUAAGAAUAUCUUAUCUUAUGACACCACAAACAGAUCAUCUGAAGAAAACACCCUCAAAUACACCGUCAAAUGCUGAAUCAAUUGAUCUGUAGGUGGAAGAAAAUCUUUGCAGUGUCAGAUUGAGUCUCUUGCUCACACCUCCUCUCCCCACAGUGACAGAAACAGCCCCUGCUGCAGGGGUUGCAUGUUUGAGCAGGCAGGAACACGCUGUCAGGAACCCAUCAGUGCGACCUGCAAGGGUAUAUCAUCCUGCACAGGUGAGCUCCCCCUGCUGGCGAAUCAGAAAAACUGCAGCGUUUCACUUCAACAGCUGUAUGCCGUGGUGAUGGUUACUUUUUUACAGUGAAAAGAUUUAAUAAGAUGACUUCCUUGCUUCCUCUUCACACAUUAGGCAACAGCAGCCAAUGUCCACCUCCUGAAAACGCUGCAGACAACACGGUGUGUGUCGACAAUGGCCGGUGCCACAAUGGCGAGUGUAACCCUUUCUGCGAGGCCAUGCAGAACCUGCAGUCCUGUGCCUGCAACGGUAAAACAUAGUUUGUUACAAGAUCCCAGAAAAGAUGAUUGUUGAAGGGAUUUCCUGACUUAAGUUUGGACUCACAGUACAACAAGAUUCACAGAUUGACAGCAAACACACAAAAUCAAAUACUAAGUCCAGAGCAAUGAGCAAUAUGGAAAAAUAGUUAAAAGUGGUUCUUUUACUGGUGGGUUCAAGAAUAUUGAGCCUGUUCUAUACCAUAGUAAACUCUCGGGAAAAACAUACUCUUUUAAGUUGAUCACAUACUGUAUCUGAUUCAUUUUACACAAACUGCUCAGAGAAGAUACUGAAUCGUAUUUGUGUGAGUUAUUGUCGUUUGGGUUUGUUUCUUCCUCUUUUUGCAGAGACGGAGCACUCGUGCAAAGUGUGCUGCAGGGGAAAAGAUGGCACCUGUUCACCCUUUGUCCAGAGGGACGGCACUUAUCUUUACCUUCGCAAGGGGAAACCGUGCACUGUGGGCUUCUGCGAUGAGGGCGUGAGUUACUUAAUGUUUCAUUUCUGUCGGCUCCUCAGACUCCCAGCUUUUCCUCCGAUGUUCCCAGGAUAUUUUUAAAGGCCUGACUGAAAUACGUCCUGAAAAUUAUCAUUGUGUCUCCUCUCUCCUGUUAAACAGGGAAAAUGCAUGAAGCAGGUGCAGGAUGUGAUUGAGAGGUUGUGGGAUUUUAUUGACAAGUUGGACAUCAACACAUUCGGUUAGUAUAACAUGCUGCUUUCAAAUCCUCGUCAGACAUGUGAGAAUGUGUGGAGAGAUUCCCAAAGAGGUCUAAACCUUGUCUUUCCAUUUUGUUUUCUGAACCCCUGUCCUCGGCACUGUUUACUACAGGGAAGUUCCUGGCUGAUAACAUUGUGGGCUCUGUGGUUGUGUUUUCCCUCGUCUUCUGGAUUCCUCUUAGUAUCCUGGUUCACUGUGUGGUAAGAAUUGACUAUGUUUCCAAGUGUCUUCAGUGUGCUUUUUGUCAACAGUCUUUUUAUUGAGAACAAGGCACACAGAGACAGUAACGUAAAGAGACAAUAUUUUUCUUUUUUUUUUCUCAGAACACAAAAACAAACACCUACUGAAUUUUGUCCUCCUACAGAAUCCAGUGCAUCCCAUUUUAAGGAGAUUAAAUAAGUAAUUAAAUAAAAUAAAAAAAGGAGAAAAAAAGUGGAAGUAGGUAAUUUGACGGUCAAGAUCAGGAGUAAAUGAGGAGGUUGUGCUUGCUGAGAAACAUCAUGCAUCACCCUUCAGAAUGUAGUACUCAUGGAUUCAUAAGUUAUCAGGGAGCGUUUGGAGUUUGUUUAUGUAAAACAUUAUUGGUUUCCAGUCGGAGUAAAAAAGGUUUUUCAACUCUCUAAGUGUGUAUUUCUCAUUUUUUAUUGUCCUUUUUUGUUAUCUGUGGUGCUGUUUGUGAAAGCAGAUCUCUCCUUAAUUCCUGUCUAAUGUUUUACGCAGGACAAGCGACUUGACCAGCAAUAUGAGGAGAACACCAAGUCUUUGUACUUCCCAAGUGUAAGUGUCUCAUCUCUUAGAUUGUCAUUUUUCAUAUGAUCCCUGAGCACCAGCCUUGCUAACCACACUAACCAAACUAAUACUGAUCGCCUUUGCUUCUUUUAAACACACUGACAUCUAUAACAAAAAGUGAGGAGGGCAUGGAGGUCGAUUGUUCAGGUUGUCUUGUGUGAUCAAACUUCAUGAUUUGGGGUCACGGGGUGUCAAAAGUCCUGCAACUUUAGCAUUGUUUUCCCUAAGAGAAAAGUUUUGCAAUCAGGUAAAAACCCCAAAAAAGUGAGAAAAUCAAGAACAGAUACCAAAGUGUACAAAAAAUCAUUAAAAUACAUGAAUGCAAGAAAAAGGUUAAAACGUGUUAAACUGAAACGUUGAAUAACCUUUUUUAAAAACUCAGUUUCAGAGGGCGUCAGUGUUCUGUCCAUGUAAAGAGGCAUAAGUCCUCAUCACAGUGAUCGCUGGUUAGAUUUUCAGCCACAACCCUUUGUUGCAUGUCUUCCCCGAUUCUCUGCUCCCCACACUUUCUGUUUUUCUUCAGCUGUCCUAUCAAAUAAGAGCAAAAAUGCCCCAAAAUACAACUCUUAAAAAAAGUAGAGUCCUUUAAGGUCAGCUGUGGACUUUGAGGGAUGAAAAGCAGAACUCUUGUGGUAGUGGGGAUGUUAAGUGCCCACAUGCAGCAACUUAGUAUCUGGCAACUGUCAUUUAAAGCUGUUAAAUAGGCAGCUGUCAAAGUUUUAGAGAGAAUAUUUGAUUUGAAAUCAAGUUUUUUCUUUUAUUUGAUAUUUUAUUGAAUCUCUUUAACAAAUAGUCUGUCCUCUUGUUACAAAACAUUUGUUCUAAACCAAAUUAGUAUCUCUGGCACAUAAUCCCUCCAUAUAGCUUACAGUGUGCACUAGCAGUCAGGUUAUUUGUCACUAAGAGCCUCUCUGUCAAUGCUGGGCUGCAAUGACUUGUCCAUCCCUCUCUGCCUUGGCCCUCUCCGUUCUCGUUGGAACUGCAGCAGAUGGUGGAGGUUUGUAGUAGAGCUCCCGCCAUAGGUGAGUGAGUGAGUGUGCCAUGCUUCGGUGUUGCAAUGCGUUGCCAUUGAGUCCAUGAUGGUGCAUGGUCGGCGGCCCACGUUUAGGAUACUCCUGCAGUCACUUCCUGCUUGAUGUAAUCACUGAUCUGGCCGCACAUACCCAGCCCUCAAAGUUCCCUCUCUGUCAUCCGCAUGAGAUGAAGAGACAGAAACGAGGCUCCAACUUCACCGAUUAAUCUGACGAGUUUGUUCCUCUGCAUGUGUCAUCUUCGCAGAGUCACGUCUGAUCAGAAAUUACCUCAAGAAAGCAAGGUUGCGUUUGGGAGUAUUCAAACAGAGAGAGGACUGAACAGGUUGCACCUUGUUGUCUUCUGUGAAAUCUGAGGCAGUGUGUGUGUGUGUCAGCGUUUUUAAGUUUGCAUUUGCUGCUGUGCAGAGCUGCAACAAGAAGAGGGUUGUGUCCUGCAGGCGAUUGUUUUUAUUCACCAUUUUCUUUUGUCUUUUGUAAUGACUGUCCGCUCUGUGUUUUAGUCUCAUUGACGCUUUGAUCAGGAACUUGAGGAGACUGGGGGAACAUUCCUCUAUAAGCUUUUCUCACAGCAGACAUUAAGACUUGUCAGUAUCAUGAAAGCACAGGGGAGACUAUUGACAUCGAUGACUGCUUGAUUCCAUUUCGGUGAGAGUUGGUCUUACAAGUGAGCUAGCAUGCACAGAAUCAGGUUCCUUGUACUCCUGAAUGGACUGCAGCCAUCGUUAAUAUUAGUUACAUCGUGUUUUUGAAUGUCUUCUGUGAGAAAUGUCGAUUUUACUCAUUCCAACUGUUUAUUAUUCUCUUGAAGUAAAACAGAAACAGCUCCAGGGGUUUGAUUGACGAUGCUAAACGUUGCCUGCUAGUGGAAAUAUCAGAUGGAGCAGAAUGGAGUAAAAAGGGAAUGGAUCCCGCCUCAGUCAGAAACCGUCUUCUUGAGGUACUUUGGUCUCACAUGUUUCCUUUGCUCUCCAGAAUCAAGAAAUGCUGAGCACCCGCGAGUCAACGUCCAUGCGCAUCAUCAAGCCUCCUCAACCUCCCUGCUCCUCCGGCGGCCGGACCGCGCACUCCUCCCUGCUCCCCCACCAGGUUCAGCAGCUGAGCCAGGCCGCCGCCCCUCCCGCAACCAACAGCAGCAGUACCCAGGCCCCCGGUCCGAGCUACGUCCCCACCCCGGACAGCGCAGGGGGACUGCGGAUGGCCACAAUCCAGGAGGACACCAGCAGCGACUCUCACCUGGGAGAGGAGGGCCCGCUGGACGAUUCCACAACCGCAGGAGCCUCCUUGUCGGCUACGAAAUCCUCCUACGAGGAUCUGACAGAACAGAGCCCAUCACCAAGGGACCGACGGCGCCUCAAGAGGCAGGAGUGCAUUGACACCAAAGAGACAGAGUGCUGAGUGUGAUUAGCCAGCACAGACACCAGUUUUAGGGAACAUGCAAAUUCACGUGGCAUCAUAUCUUUCUCUUUUUCUCUUGUUACAGAUCACAGACUGUAGGUGUUUAAUGGUAAAAGCAUACAACUAAAAGUAGAUCAAAUUUGAUGUUUCAUAGAGCUGAAAACUAGAAUUAGAUGUCAUUCUUUCAGCUGGAUUACACCACCAUACAAAUCAGUCACAAGUGGUUUAAAACCCCGUUAACUGCAAAUGAAAUUGAGGUCAUUCAACUAAAUGCAGUGCCUUUUUUUUUCAAAGUAGGAGCCAGAUGAAAAAAUCUGACAGAGACAAAUCUACUUAUGACCAGAUAACCCGAGCAAACUUAUAGUAAAUUGCCGUGUUGUCAGAUGUUGUCCGUUCUUAAUAAAUCUGAAAAAGUUCCUUGAGAUUCAAGCUGUUAUAAGAAAAUUAUAACAUAACAUCAAUGUAGUAGCUGUGAUUAUUAUUGUUUCAGUGUGAUACGUUAAGCACCAAACACUGACCGUUGACUUUGAAUGACAUGAAACUGUGUCAUUACUGCACUUGAAGUAUUCUUAAUAUCACUGGAAAAAAAUGUAUAAAUGUUGUCACUGUGUCGUGUGUCAUCAGUGGUUUGAGGAAAAAGAAAAACGGGCUUGUUUGAUAUUUGAAGCCUUUCUACUUGAGAUGUAUUGUGUUAAUACUGAUUCAAGGAUAAAUUGGUCGUCUUCAUCAGUGUUACAAACUUCUUUAUCCUGUAUUGUCCUUUUUAUGGUUGAUCCCUUGUCGAAACAUUGUGCCUUUUCUGAUUUUGUGCCUCAUUGUUCGGACUUAUUUCAGCACAAAAAAUGUUUAAGCUCCCACACCAAAAUUUUAAUCUUGACAAUCCUGAAUCAGUUUCAUAAAGAGCUACCAGAGGUACUCAGAUACUGUUUUUUUUUCACUUUGUUUUAGGCCUUUGAUUUCUUUGUGCCAAUUUGACCCCAGCAGCUCUUUGUCUUAUUUAAUGCUAUCUUGCCACUGCUGCCUCCUGUGUCACAUGUGAAAACUAAUGGUCAAGAAAAGGAAGUAGGCUGUGUAGCGGUCUUUGGAUUAACUGGAUAGAUGUGAACUGUUACACAAUGAGCAGCUGUGUGUAUGCUAUUAAUGUUUCUAUGCUUCUUUUUUUAAACACACUUCAAAAUAAAAAAUCUUUAUUGUGCUUUCAACAUGAAAA